ACCGGCUGUUGAUCAACAAACUGCUUACCGAAGACUGUAACACCAGGCACAAGAGCUUGAGCAUGGCUUGGGUGGACUACCAGAAAGCCUAUGACAGCAUGCCACACAGCUGGUUGCUCCAAUGCCUUCAGCUGCAUAAGAUCAGUCCAGUCUUGCGCAGGUUCCUGUCACGUGUGAUGAAGAGUUGGAGGACAUCGAUGGUGCUUUUCUUGCAGGAACAGUACGAUCAAGACAAGGCUUAUGCAGAUCAGGAGGGGUAUUUUCCAAGGUGACUCAUUUUCUCCACUUCUCUUCUGUAUGGCUCUCAAUCCUCUGAGCAAGGAGCUGAACAGAGCCGGUUACAGCUACCGGAUGACCACUGGCAUGGUGAGACUGCCAAACGUCAGCUCAUCAGUCAUCUUCUUUACAUGGAUAAUCUGAAGCUGUAUGGCAGAAACUCUGAUCAGUUGGAUGGGUUGUUGCACACGGUUCGUACCUUCUCUGAUGACAUCCAGAUGAAGUUUGGUCUGGACAAAUGUGCUGUUGCACACUUUGUCAACGGCAGGCUAUCUGGACACAACUCUGGAGUGACGGUAGGAUAAAUGGACACCAUCAACUGUCUGGAACCAAGUCAAGUCUACAAGUACUUGGGUGUGGAUGAGAGUAACGGUGUUCAGCACAGCAUGAUGCGGGAGAGACUCCGUCGUGAGUACUUCCGCAGAGUGAAGGUGGUUCUCCGGACUGAGUUGUAUGGUUGGAACAAGAUUCUAGCCAUCAAUGGGUUUGCACUACCGGUUCUCACUUACAGUUUUGGCGUCAUUCAUUGGGGGUGCACGGACCUGCAGCAGCUCGAUUGACGGACCAGAGAGCUCCUCUCUAUGCACGGUGUCCACCAUCCUGCUGCAGACGUUGACCGACUGUACGCUUCUUGCAGUGAUGGGGGUAGGGGGUUACAACAGAUUGAGUCGACAUCUCAAUCUUGUAUUGUGAGGCUGAACUGUUACCUUGCUGACAGUUCUGAUCCUUUCAUGCAGAUGAUACGGGAGUGUGACUCCGGAGAAUCUUUGCACUUGAUCAAGCACAUGGCUUGUCACUUUACUGCACAGCUGCAGAGGAGUUUGCUUCGGACGACAAGUUGCAGAACUUACACAGGAAUGCAUACAUCUCGGUUGAAGGUGGCUUCGAGCAAGCGCUUGAAACAGAUGCGAGACAUUGCUGUACGUGUUGCAGUUCUCUUUGUGUGUGGUCCUGGAGCGGGAAGCCUAUGCACGGGCAGUAUCGCCGUCUUACUGAGCAACCGCCUGUGGACAUGAAAGAGACCUACGGAUGGCUAAAGGCAGCGAAUCUUCCUGCUGCAACUGAGGGACUGGUUGUUGCUGCUCAAGACCAAACUAUUUGGACUCGGUACUAUGAGCGCAAGAUUCUACAUCGUGAUGUCAGUCCUACUUGCCACAAGUGCAGUGUAGGCCUGGAAACAGUCGACCACAUUGUAGCAGGCUGUAGUGCUUUGGCACCGACAGACUACAUUGAUUGUCACAAUCAGGUGGCCUCCAUCAUUCACUGGAAUGUUUGUUGCCAUUUUGGGGUUUCAGUGGAGAGCAGAUGGUACCGGCAUUAUCCUGAUAGGCUUAUAGAGACGGAUGACAUUGCUGUGAUGUGGGAUACCACCAUCCCCACUGCCAAGAAGAUCAAAGCCAAUUGUCUAGACAUCUGUCCCAGAAAUAGGAAGACAAACACUUGUCUUCUUAUUGAUAUCAGCUGUCCUGCUGAUGGCAACAUUGGCAAGAAACAUGCUGAGAAGUUGGUGAAGUACAGUGACUUGCGAGUGGAGAUAAGCCGCAUGUGGCAUUGUUGAACACUGGUGGUUCCGGUGGUCUUGGGAGCUUUGGGCACAGUGCACGCAGGUAUUGCACGGUGGCUGGACAUUAUUCCAGGUCAUCACAACCUGCAGCACUUACAGAAAACAGUGCUUGUGGGAUCUACUCGGAUCCUUCGUAAAGUCAUGUCUUCUUUCUAGACAGCCAUGAUGGUCUAAGUACUUCUGAAGCAGGGUUUGCUUCCGGUACUUGUAAUAGACUUUACAAACCAGACUGUUUUGGUUGAUCACGACAAUAAAUAUAAUAACACAAUGGCUACCUCUCCAUGGUUUGGAGGUUCAAACCCCAGUGACGACAGUAAAUUUAUGAAAACUUGUCUGUCUUUCUUUCUCAUGUUUCUCUAGCUUUAUCCAUGAGACUAUGACUCGUUUCAGUCGUUGGGGACUUUGUGUGGUCUGGCGAACGGUCCGUCGACGAUGACAUUCAGUGCUUUCCUGGUGGUCAUUUAUAUCCACUAGGCGUGCUGUUCUGAUGUUUGGGAUCACUGUAAUGGCUGCAAUCUAUAUCGAAUUUGCUAGUCAUUGGUCGUCGUGUGGACUACACAGAAACAUGUACCAUGCUGGGCUCACCUGCUGGGUUGAUGGGCGCCCAGAUGGGGUAAAGACCCCAUUUACCUAUUAUGGAGGGGCAUAGCGACACAUAAUAAUAAUAAUAAUAAUAAUAAUAAUAAUAAUAGUCACCGCCGUGGCUUAGUGGUUAGCGACAAUGGCUACCACUCCAUGGUUUGGGGGUUCAAACCCCAGUGACGACAGUAAAUUGUGAAACUUGUCUGUCUUUCUUUCUCAUGUUUCUCUAGCUUUAUCCAUGAGACUAUGACUCGUUUCAGUCGUUGGGGAGUUUCUGUGGUCUGGCGAACGGUCCGUUGACAAUGACGUCCAGUGCUUUCCUGGUGGUCGUUGAUAUCCACUAGGCGUGCUGUAUCGAGUACGCGGUCACCGUAAUGCCUGCAAUCUAUAUCGAAUUGGCUAGUCAUUGAUCGCCGUAUGGACUACACGGAAACAUGUACCCCGCUGGGCUCACCUGCCGGGUUGGUGGGCGCCCAGAUGGGGGUAAAGACCCCACUUGCCCAUUAUGGAGGGGCAU